CUCCCAACAUGGCUUCCCCAAAAUGUCUGCUUGUCAGGUCUUAUCACCCUGACUUCCACGUCAAUACACACGUGUCCCGGCCUGCCAUGCUUCGCAUCAGGGAUGAAACCCAGCAAUAAUGAGUCUCGGGUAUUGAUGACAAAGAUCAGGAUCUUGCAGAUGAGAAUCCAAGCAACCGUUGCUAACGUAACCUCAGAAAAAUCUCCACCGAUGGCAGUGAUGGUGAAUGAGACGUGGCCAUAUUCCUCCUACGUGCCCCAUUAUCUCCUCCGUGGUGAUCCGUUUGCUUCAAGACUCUCAAAGGAGGCAGACAUUGUCGCAGCUUUUUACAUCUGCAUCAUAGGUAUUAUGUCAGCAACAGGGAACGGAUACGUUUUGUAUAUGACCAUCAAACGGAAAACCAAACUAAAGCCUCCAGAGCUCAUGACUGUCAACUUAGCCAUCUUCGACUUUGGCAUAUCAGUGACAGGAAAGCCCUUUUUUGUUGUUUCUAGUUUUUCCCAUCGCUGGUUGUUUGGGUGGGAGGGCUGUCAGUUCUACGGCUGGGCAGGCUUUUUCUUUGGAUGUGGGAGCCUCACCACGAUGACCAUGGUCAGCCUGGACAGAUACCUCAAAAUCUGCCAUCUAAGAUAUGGCACAUGGUUGAAACGGCAUCACGCCUUCUUGUGCUUGUCGUUUGUGUGGAUGUAUGCAGCGUUCUGGGCCACCAUGCCCCUGGUAGGUUGGGGAAGCUACGCUCCAGAGCCAUUUGGGACCUCCUGCACGCUGGACUGGUGGCUGGCACAAGCUUCUGUGUCGGGCCAGACUUUUGUCAUGGCUAUCCUCUUCUUCUGUCUUGUCCUACCGACUGGCAUCAUAGUCUUUUCCUAUGUGAUGAUCAUCUAUAAGGUCAAGUCUUCUGCAAAAGAAAUCUCACACUUUGAUGCCCGAAUCAAUAACAGCCAAAACCUUGAGAUGAAACUCACAAAGGUGGCAAUGCUGAUCUGUGCAGGCUUCUUGAUAGCCUGGAUCCCGUAUGCAGUCGUGUCGGUGAUAUCUGCGUUCGGGGAGCCGGACUCAGUUCCCAUCCCGGUGUCUGUUAUUCCUACUCUGCUUGCCAAGUCCUCGGCAAUGUACAACCCAAUCAUCUACCAGGUGGUAGACCUGAAGAACUCUUGUUCAUCUGCCUGUUUGAAGGUCAUGGGGAAACGCAAGCAUUUUCGAAAGUCCAGGUUCUACGCAAUAACUGGCACGUUAAAGGAAACGCCAGCAGCCAAAGAAACUCACAUCGAGAUGUGAGACGGACUGUUUCCUGCUUGCCACUUUUACUUGGACAGUUUGCUUUCUCCCCUGCCCGAUCACACGCUGCCUCACCAUCUACGUUGACAUGACCAACCGCUCACCUUUGUUCCUGCUUGACACCUACACUCAAUCUCUUCCUGCAGCUCCUCACCUCCUUCCUUGAAAAAAAAAACAAAAAACAUCAAACUUGCCAAGAGGUUUGGAUGUACAAGUGAUGUGUUGUGCAAUGUUUGACUCAGUUUUGCAGUGUAGUACACAUACUAUCACCCUAUAGAAAAUUGUAGGCGUGUUGAGUCCCUAAAUUAUUGUUCCUGAACAAAAUCGUGACUCAGGUUGGAAAAAGUUUUGCAAACAUAGGAACGUUUCACCUGUAGUGUGGAAUCAAAUGAAAAGUAAGUGUAUAUAAAUAUAUGGUUUCCCUUUGUUACACCAAAAUCAAAGUUUACGUGAAACUGUACUUUAAAUAGUUUGUACAGGCUAUUGUCUUUUAUGUGGAUUCUGUGCAAACAUAUAUUUAAAAUGGCACUGCACGCCAGCAGAUGAAUGUGAGCCGAAUCGGUGAAACCGACUGGGGCACCAGGGUAUUGCCCCAAUGCAGCACUGAUGAGACAGAGAGAGCGAGCGUACCUGUAAAAAGCCUUCACUGGAAAACAUACAAACAUGUGAGUGCACUUUAAUUGCAAAAACACCUAGUAUGCAUUAGAAACUGUCUGGUUUCACCCGUAGAUGUUGUGGAUAGUCACAGUGAAGUGGACUGACAAUACAACUCAAUAACAGCACACUACAAAGAGUGGACAUCUAAACGAGAUUGGAUAUCUGAAAUCAAGACAAGGUAAGGUAAUGUGUGUACAGUAGAUGCUCGAUUUUCACGGAGGUUGCAAUCUGGCACACUGGCAAAUGGUAAUUGAUACACCCACUUUAAAGCUUGACGUCCUUCCCCGAUUCCGGAUCAACAUUUGCAAUAAAAGUGACUAGUAUUUAGAUUCAGAACUCCAGAACCUUCCCCCGUCUCUCUUCAGUUACCAUUGUAGGGCUGCAUGCCGUUGACGUGCAAGAUACUGAACCUCCAGUUGAGCGCUAUACUGUACAAGUGAAAGGCUGUUUAGCAUUUGUUCACUCGUGUGAACACGGAAAUAUGCCUCACACACUUAUUAAACACAUUUGUAUUAAACACAUUUGAAGUAUAAAACGUAUAGCUACUCACCACCAAUGAAUGAUAAUGUAACGUGAAAAAUAAACAUUAGGAAUUGGAGUCACUGUGUAGCUUUUAGCGUGGUUGUCAGGCUAGCGCUAGAGGCUAGCAGGCUCCAAGCCACGUCUACAUAAUCCACACUGCUGGCCUGUUGCGAUUCCAGUAACGACUCCCGAUAGUGUUUUUGCAGGUUUUGAGGCUGGAUUGACUGUCAAAGCUAGUGCCUCCAUAACCAGACAGACUUUUGCGUCACACGGCACAAAACUGUGGUGCGUUCAAGGAACAAAGUGCGAAAUCUCAACCCUAUAUUUUACUUUCAGUUUACUAUUUGGGGUAAUAUGAGUGUAAAGGUGACAAUUGGAGUGUUAUUUCAUGCCUAGAGGGCUCUUAUCAUGUUAAAAACUAUAUUUAAAAGGUCAUAAACAGGUUUCCUAUGCUCUGACUACAAAAAUAUUACAUUUAGAAGUAAGUAAACCUAAUCAGUGUCAGGUCUGGAACCGAUUAACCGCAAUAAAAACAAAUUACAGUCAGUCCCCUUAAAAAGCAAAUUAGACUUGUUCAACAUGGAAAGAAAACACGGAAUAACCACUUUUUGACCUUGAUUUCAGAUGUUCAAACUAGUUUCCAUUUCCACUUCAGUACCCAUUGAUGGUAAUGGGUACAGUUAUUACCCUUUGGUACUUUGCUGUCCUUGUGCAUUGCAUACAGAAGCGUGUUCGUUCAAUGUAUCUGCUUAAUUGCUUUUCAGUGUCGCUGAAAAAUGACGUCGGUGUGUUAUCUAUUGGGCUAAAGCCUGCUUAAUCUGGGAAUAAUGGCCUUGGGCAAAAUAAAUGCAAUCCCUACAAAAUAGGGAUUGGGAAAUUGGUAAUAUUUGUCCGCAGUGAGGCUUAUGAUUCUUACAGUGCACAAUUGCAAUGAUCAAACCUUCAGGAAUAAAGGCUGUGAAGGAUCAUCGACAGGUAUUUUGUACGACAGAUGCAUUACGGUAUGUUGCACUGAAACAUGCUGUUGUCUAUACAGUACUUAAAUGCACUGACAAUCAUUGACGCUAAACGUUUGCGGAUAAAAGAAAUAGAACGUCUGGGCACGUUUUGAUGCUGCAAUUGUACUGAAUUACCAUUUCGUCCUUCUUCCAUUGGUGUGUUUAAAUGGACGGCGAUGUUUGAAUCGUUACCCAACUAAGGCGAUGUUAGGUUUCGCCUAAAUGAGGCCAAAUUCGGAGUAAAGCAAUAACUGGAUUAGGACGUUUGUUUAUACAGUAAAUCAUUGUCAUCCUCAAGACAUAACUGGUAUGAUUCAUGCUGGCGUGACAAACUGCAUAAUGGAUGAGUUAUUGUGUGAAAUAUGACAGAUGACCUUAUUUAAAACAGGGUAGCUGGGCUUUUGCUGACCGUGUAAAUAAAAAUGUUACUUUCACAGGGCUGGUUCUUUCCUCAUGCUGACAUGCUUGAGUGCUGCUGUGAUGGAGAUACAUGAGGCUGGAGAUGUUUUCCUCCUUUGUUGGUUUGUUUACUUGCCCAAGCUGUGUUUACGGUCCGUAUUUAACAAUAUAUGCUUUUGUGCUGUUGUAUCUGCACUCUUACGGUGAGGGUUGGGUUAGGGUAGUGUUCCGGAUUAGGGCGUAGGUUACCAAAUGUCACGGUUAUGCUAGUUGAUACUAGUUAGUUGAUCUCAAGGUACAAGGGUUUGAGUGAGGGUUACCAAAUGCCACUGUUAUACUAGCUAGUUGAGCAUAAGGUACAAGGUUAGGGUUACCAAAUGUCACUGUUAUACUAGCUAGUUAAGCUUAAGGUACAAGAUUAGGUUUAGGGUUACCAAAUGUCACUGUUGUACGAGCUAGUUGAGUUUAAGGUCCAAGGUUAGGGUUGGGGUUUAGGGUUUGAGUGAGGGUUACCAAAUGCCACUGUUAUACUAGCUAGUUGAGCUUAAGGGACAAGGUUAGGUUUCGGGGUUAGGGUUACCAAUUGCCACUGUUAUACUAGCUAGUUGAGCAUAAGGUACAAGGUUAGGGUUACCAAAUGUCACGGUUAUGCUAGCUAGUUGAUC